AUGAGUGGGAAGCUUUUAACGAGAACUUCCUCUCAUAGAAAAGCUACGAAUUCCAAGAAAGCUAUCGAGCUUCAUGGCUUUUGUGAUGCGUCGAUGAAGGCGUACGGAGCAGCUAUUUAUGUUCGUGUCUUGGAUAGCGAAGGUAAAAUCCAUACCAAUCUGCUUUUGGCAAAAACAAAAGUAGCACCCAGCCAACGAACUAUAACUCUUCCUCGCCUUGAACUUUGUGGCGCAGUUUUCGUAGCACAAUUGUUGCAGUACACCAAGGAGGUUUUGGGCAUGCCCGAUAUAAAGAUGUACGCGUGGACAGAUUCCACUAUUGCUCUGGCCUGGAUACGAGCUAUUCCUGCGAAGUGGACCACUAACGUUUCCAACCGUGUAUCGCAAAUUCAACGGCUUAUUGGUAUCGAUUGCUGGGGACAUGUUGCAACGCAUCAUAACCCAGCCUAUGUGGCGUCCAGAGGUGUAUUUCCAUCGGAAAUUCAAGGGUUGGACAAUUGGUGGUUUGGUCCUGAAUUUCUGCGUUCUCAAUGGAAUUUCGAGUCUCCAACUCAGCCUGCCGAGGUUGAUCCUGAAGAAGAACGUCGAUCCAUCAAGGUCCUUGCCACUCACUUAAUAGAUAGCGAUAAUGUGCUCCAGGCUUUCCUCAAUUCUUCGAGUCUUCUCAAGGUCGUACGAGUCACUGCUACUUCGGUUCGAUUUAUCAUAAAAUGUCGACCUAAGUUAUACGGCAUUAUCACCGGCACAUUACAAGCAUGGGAAUUAGAUUUGGCUCAUUUACUAAUUAUCAAAGCGGCACAAAAGGAAAUGGUCGAGAAUGAAAUCGAACAAAUCAAGCAAAAACAAAUCCCUAAACACUUACGUGCUUUGAAUCCAUUCAUCGAUGUUGAUGGGAUUCUCCGAGUAGGAGGGCGUUUAGAAAAUUCUCUUCUACCUUACAAUGCACAGCAUCCAAUACUUCUUCAAAACAACCACCAUUUAACAAGGUUGGUGGUUCGAGAUGCUCACAAAAACACUUUUCAUGGAGGUAUGCAGCAAAUGAUUAGCUUCAUUCGACAAACAUACUGGAUUGGCCAGAUAAGGCGAAGCGUCAAACAUCAACUGCAUAGGUGCAUCUCUUGUCUCUUGACAAAAGGCAGCUGA